AUGAGCGGAAACCCAACCACGGUUCGCAUCCCAGACACGUUCAGCUCCAUCAUGUCUGCCGAGGCGCCGCUGAACCCGCAUCACUUCAAGGUCAAGGCCGCAGCAGACGCCUGGAUCGCCGGGAAGAGAAGAAGCACGCAAGAAUACGGCGCUGACCGACGGACGGCCGGCACGGGCGCAGCGGGCCCCGGCCGACGUGCAAACGCAGUUCAAGACGGCGCACGGCGAUAUCUCGACAGCCUCACACGCCAGGUCGAGGCCAGCGCGCGCAGCGGCAGCAGCUGCCGGCCUCAGACCGAGCACGAGGACGUCGAGAUGCGCAGGCGGACCGUCGGCGGAUACCCCUGCAUAAAUAAGCCUGGUUGCGUACCGACCAUUGUCUUUGCGAACCAAAGGGCCGCCAGCGCCGACGGCACCCUCUCGUAG